AUGUGGUGGUGUAGGUGGUUUCAAAUUGGGCAUGACUAUAGCUCUUCCAAAAUGUUUAGCACUGUGAGGGGGCAGGCUACAGCUUCAAGAAGAGCACUGUCACGAAGAUGGAGAUGGAAAUCAUCAGGUUGUGUAAUAGUUAGCUCAUCUUUCUGUCUCCGCUGCCGUCGGCCCGUAAUCUUUGUGUCAUUCGAUUAUAGAUUAAACCUUCGUUCCUGGUGUUGCAAGAUCAUUAGUUUAGCGAGCUUUGGUGAAAGGAAGAGUCCUUAUAGGUCGUAUAAGGAAGAUAUCGUUUCGUUUGAGAGCGGAGAGAUAUAUAACCAAGCUGAUGCCGUUGGGUUUAUAAGGUUUUAUGGUCUUCCAAUGAGAGUCAGAAUAAUUAUGGAACAAGACAUUUAA